GUCUCGCGAUGCCGUAGCCGGCUGCUCCCCUGCGGGUGGCUCGGGCUGUUGCUGUGGUUGCCUGAGUUGCUGCUGCUGCGGCGGCGGCAGCGGCGGCUGUGCUUGUGGAGGUGUCGGCCUCUGGGCGGAUGUUGACAUUGUGUUGUUGUUAUUGCUGAUGGUAAUGGCGGCGGCGGUGGCGGCGACGGUCCAGACCCCAUCUCCUCUGUAGCCGGAGCCUAGACAGCCGACAGCAAACUCCGCGGCCUCGGAGCCGGCGGCAGCGGCGACUCCCCUCAGCCUCCGCCGUCUCGCCCGCCGGUACCCCGGCGCCAACCCCAGGAGUCAGGCCCUUUGGGCAAGGGAGCUCGGAGCCUCAGGAUGGCGGAUUUCGACGAAAUCUAUGAGGAAGAGGAGGACGAGGAGCGGGCCCUGGAGGAGCAGCUGCUCAAGUACUCGCCGGACCCGGUGGUCGUCCGCGGCUCCGGUCACGUCACCGUAUUUGGACUGAGCAACAAAUUUGAAUCAGAAUUCCCUUCUUCGUUAACUGGAAAAGUAGCUCCUGAAGAAUUUAAAGCCAGCAUCAACAGAGUUAACAGUUGUCUUAAGAAGAACCUUCCUGUUAAUACACGAAGAUCGAUUGAGAAGUUAUUAGAAUGGGAAAACAAUAGGUUAUACCACAAGCUGUGCUUGCAUUGGAGACUGAGCAAAAGGAAAUGUGAAACGAAUAACAUGAUGGAAUAUGUCAUCCUCAUAGAAUUUUUACCAAAGACACCGAUUUUUCGACCAGAUUAGCAUUUACUUUAUUUAUAGAGACUUUCCAAGUAUGUUGUCUUUCCAAUGGUGCCUUGCUUGGUGCUCUCCUGGUGGUGACAUAACAUUGGUUCUACAGAAUCGUGUGGUGUUUUUUUUGUUUGUUUGUUUGUUUUUUAAAAUAACCGCAUGUUCUAAGUGUGCAUUUUUGUCAAUCUUUGCAACAGUUAUUUCAUACAGAUGUUUAAUACUUAAGUUAUUGUGCUCUUUUCUGUUAUGUAUUCUGAUUUUCAAGAAUUACUUUUUUGUAUUAUCAAAAAAAUACAUUUGAACUUAGCAUAAAAAGUGGCCAGCCUUUUUUAUUUUGUCACCAAGGUACACACAGUCCUUUAUUUAUAAAUUCCUUCACAGAGAAAAACACCUUUGUAAGGCUCAACUUACCUAUUCCAGCAAGCACACUUUUUCUAUCAUUUUUUCUUUCUUUUAAAAUUUGAUACUGUCAUUAUUUUAAAAUAGUAAGUUUUCUUUAAUAAUCUUUUGGAACCUAACAUACCCUUUCUCAUACAAUUCCUAAUGCUCUGUUUAUGGCAGAUAAUCUGUAACGUUAUGAAGACCUAUCAAAAAGUUUUAAAAGUAUUUCUGUCUUCAAAGGUAGUAAGACAGGAUUAAAUUUUUAUUAGAAUAGACAAAUCAGUGAAUGGUAUGCAUGUAUCUAGUGGUUACUAGAACUCAGGAUCAUAAAAUAUAGUAGCAUCACGAUCUGUGUAUAUUUUUGAUCAAGAUGAUAAUAAUGGCCUUACUUGGGUUAUUUUUAUUGUUUAUCAAAUCUUACAUACAAAAGAGUGGAAGUAUUCCUUUACAAAAUUUCUAAGGAAAAUAUUUCUUCCAAUCUAUCACAAUUAUAGAAUGGAUAUAUGUUUCUGAAAAGUUUUUGAAAGAAAGCAAAAGUUCUAGAACUAAAAGUAAGCUGAUGUUUAAUAUCCCAUUGAUAUUUAGAAAAGAUUGUUAAUAAGAAAUGGAGGAUGCAUUUAGUACUAUUUUUAUCCACUAGUUCACUUUCAGUACAGUUAUGUAUACUUGUUUUGAUUGAGAGUGUGACAUACAUGUUAAAUCAGAUGAGCUUGUUUCUUUUAAAUAUACAUAUACACAAAUACAUAUAAUUUUUUCUCCUUUUUGUUGUGCAUAUCUCUAUGCAUUUUUAAACUUUUAGAUUUGUGAAUGACCUAUGUGUAAAUUUUUUUUAUAAACCAGAAAUUAUACAACUUUUAAUGUGUGUCAAGAACUUGUUCCAUACAACUGUGGUAUCGAGCAAUAAUGUUAAUAACUUUUGGAAUUAUAUAAACUAUGCUUAAUAAUUUGUAUUGAGAAUUGGUACCACUAUACAAUACUUUUUUCCUUGUAUUAAAUCUUUUAGAUACCAGUUUCAUUAAUUUAUAUACCUGUAUUUUUAAAAGUAUUUCUUUGUACUUACCAAAGUACUGUAAUCCUAUAUAAAUUUGAAUAGUCAAAUGCCAGUAUCUCAUGUCCUAUAUCCUGUCUUGGAUAUUAGGAGCUAUCUUAAAAACUAAGAUUUAAAAUUUUUGUUUGUUUGUUUGAGAAUUAUAUGUUUUCCUUGCCCCCCAAGUAACAACUUGAAUUUGUAGAACACUUUUCCUGUGAAGAGUUCAAAGUACAAAUAAUUCAAAUACUUAUUUUAUUCAACUUGUAUCUAGGGUGUGUCCUACCACCUUAAAGUAGUGCAAUUAAAAAUAAUGCCAUCUAGAAACUUCAAUAUUCCUCUGUGGUUUCAGUGUGAAAAAUAAUUGUAUCUUCAUACAAUGCUAAAUCUGCCUCAGGAUUCAGAAAGAUCAGAAAAAUAUAAUGACUGUGUAAACUAUGCAACACAGUGUUCCCUGUAUAAAAUUGUAUAAAUCCAUAGAGCACCGUAUUGAUAAGCUUUAUAAGAAGAACUUAUCUAUUUACAUAAUUUAUUCUCCUAUUGUUAGUCUACUGUGGAUAAUAAUUUUAAAAUUACUAUAUUCCCUUAGGUAUAUUUUAACUGUAAGAUAAUUUUCAUAGUUGAUGAUAUUAAGUAUGGAAUUUUUAAAAGCUUUUCUGAUUUUUUUCAGCCACGUGCCAUUUGCUUAAAGAUUCCCUAGAAACAUACACUUCCAAUGUAUAUAUAGAAAAGAACUGUGAAUACUUAAUAUGUGGUAUUAUCAUAAGCCAGUUAUGCCUUGGGCAUUUAGAUUUUCAUGCUUGGAUUUUCAUUAGUAGCCUGUAGUAUAACUCUAUCCUUUCUUGAACCAUGAAUUUAAGUGCCCACAUUACUGGAUAAUAGAGAUGCCCAUAUUAAGUAAACAUCAGUCUAAGGAAAUAUUUAAAGUGAUGAUUUUUCUUCAGCUUCUGUUUUCUGACUUAAAGUUUCUGGGACAUAAACCGUAGAGCUUUUUAAACUGGCCAAGAAAAAAUAUUAUUGACAGAAAGUUUGGUAUAUGGAUUCUACAUAGGCUAAGGUAAAUAACUUAUGGUCUUUUUAAAAAUACAUUACUGGCAUUUUACAAUCAGUCACCAUUUCUGUAUAGAAACAUUCUUUUUUUCAACAAAUGUACGUUGACAAUCCUGUUAUAUUUUAAUAUAUAACUCUGGCUAUCUGGGUCAAAAUGAUACUCCAAAGCCUAAUGACUAUAGUAAAACUGAUGUGACACAUUUAGCUUCUAAGGUAGAUGUUGGCCCUCCCUUACAUGGAGAUCACCUUACCUGUCUAAAAUGAUCAUCAGAUGCUUUAUUAAGACUCUUUAAUGACUAGAUUUCAUUUAUUUAAAAUACAAACAUGUAAUUUUGCCCUAAAAUCAACAAAAUAAAUUCAACAAAGCCUUGAAUAAUAGUAAACAAUGAUUUUCUUUUCUUAUUAGAAAAACUAGUUUUGUAAUUGAAUAAUUUUAAAUCAGGAAGAAUCCAGCUUUCCCCAAGGUUUUGUCUUUAGUGUUAUUUUUUCAGUGUUAGAGAGCUUCUGGUUGUUUCUUUAUAUUAAUAGACCCAGGCCAACCAUAAAAAUCUUUGACAAUAUUCUGUCUCUAUCUUUGGAUGUAAAAGGACAUUAAAUAGUAAUACGUACAGUUGGACCCACAGUUUGCAUGAGUUCAGACUACUAGUUUUGUAUAACACUAUGUACAUAGUCAGACUGUUUCAACUUUUGUGGUAUUUAGCUUCACAAUUAUAUCCUUUAACUGCAUGCCUGAUGUUUUAUUGUAAAUAUCUGCUUUGACUUGCUGUUGAUGAGUAGUACUAAAUGAAAACUACUGUGUGUUAAAGCUGCCUUGGACUGAACUCCAGCAUCUAGUCCUGCAUUCUCUUUCCUUUUAUCCUUUUGGACACCACGGAUUCUUUUGCCGUAAAGACUAGAGUCUUUACCUAGGCCUGAACAUAGUUCAGAAUUGCAUUUUUAUCUUUCUUCCUCAAAGCUCCCAGUAAGAACAGUAAUUUUUUUUUUUUUGAGACAGUCUCACUCUGUUGUCCAGUCUUGAGUGCAUUGGCACCAUCUCGGCUCACUGCAACCUCCACCUCCUGGGUUCAAGCAAUUCUCCUGCCUCAGCCUCCCGAGUAACUGGGAUUACAGACGCCCGCCACCAGACCCAGCUAUUUUUUUUGUAUUUUAGUAGAGACGGGAUUUCACCUUGUUGCCCAGGCUGGUCUCAAACUCCUGUGCUCAAGCAAUCUGCCCGCCUUGGCCUCCCAAAAUAAGAACAGUAAUUCUUUUGCAUUCUUAGGUAGGUGUUUAGAAGACCAAUUAAAGCAAGUCGCAUUAAGUGAUGAAUGGCUGACACCCUCAGUUCUGCUAAGGUGGUACUUGCAUUUUAAAAAUGCAUUUUAAAAAGAGAUUUCUUAAUUGAUGCAGUGGUGCAAUUGAUGUUUCCUUCUGAAAAGACCCUAAUGGUCCACACUUUCGAGGGAGGGAACAAUAGGAUGGUUGGACAUGGGGUUGCUUCUCAAACCUCUGUUUUUGAAAGAAGGUGAUUAAUAAUUAGUUUUUGGGAGGAAAGAAUAGGCUAAUUUUAAACCAAACUAUUAAUUGUCCCAUAGCCAUUUAUGUUUAUUUAACCCUUUCUUAAAUAAAGUAACUUAAUUUUUCCUUGAUAUCAUGGCCAACUUUAUGUUGUUUUUAGGAAUAUAUCUUAACUUGAGAUUUGAAGAAUGUCUUUAAAUCUUGAGUUACCUUGUUCUGCACUUCUAUGGAGAUCUUUAGAUACUAAUUAAGAGAAGCCUCAAUAUUAUUGGUAUUAAUCAUAAUUCUAUCUGUUUCUGUAAUAUGGAGCAUUAUCUCCUCCACCCCAGUGGCAUACUGAACUAACAGAGGUUGUUUGUAAUCUUAAUAGGUAGUACUGAAAACAGAAAUUCAGGAUGUUGAUCCUGAUUUGGAAUUUAUUUCUGAUAUUCUACAAGAUCAUCCAACUACUUGGCCUUUUUGCUUUCAUUUUCAUUUCCCAAGCAGGAAGAUACUGUGACUACCUCAUGGUGUUAUCUUGUGAAGCAAUAUUUUUCAAUAGUUUAUUUUCCUGUUAUUGGUCCUGUAUAAAAGUAAGUAGUUAGAUGUUUAAUAAUAACGAUUGAAUAGGUUUUUCAAUUUAUUUACGAAGUCAGCGCAAACUUGAAUUAUUGUCAGGUUUUGCAUUUAAAAUGGAAGAGAUUGGGUAUUCCCUGUAUGUACUUAUAAUGCUUUGCAUGUUUAAAAAUCAGGGAAACAUUAAAUAUAGUACUUUGAAGAAAGUUUCUAAUAAGAUUUUUAAAAAUAUAGUAAUGUCUGAGAUACUUAAACAAAAUCAUGCCUUUUUUUUAUAUCCGCUCUAUUUCAUAAACAUGGUGCUCUGAUAUUGAGUUGAUUACUUUUUUCUCUUUAUGAAAACCAGUAUAUUGCUUUCCUAGCUCUUUAUCUUAGAAAGUAUUUUGAUGAACUGACCAUACCCGGCAUUCUUAAUUUUGGCAAAUAAGCUGUAUAUUGCUUUGUUGUUUUUUAUUUAAAGAAACAUAGUGUUAAGCAGCCUUCAAGAGACAUAAAUGAUGGGUCAGUGUUUUGUCUACUCUACUUUAUUGAGACAUAAUGUACCCUCAGACUGCAGAGUUCUAUCCUAUUGUGUCUUCUCCUGGUUCUUAAUUUAGUAUAACUGGUUCCAUUUCUUUUUCUUGGCAUAAAUUCUGUAUAGAUUUAAAAUGUUCUAGAAGGAAAGAGUAUUUCCUCAAGAAACCUUUUGCUCUAAAUUAAAGAACUCUUCUUUUAGUAGCAGCUAUUUAAUUAGGUAAUUACAACAGUCUCAUUACGUGGCCACCAAGUCUUUAUAAACAGGAGCUUGUUUAACUCAACUAUCAAAGCACUUUUAAAUUCUGUAUUUCUUUUUAUGUUUGUUGAGGUUAUUAGCAUUAUGCCCUCUCAGAAGAGUUAAGUAUUGUUAAACUUACCAGUUGCAGCAGUAGCAGCAAGGCAAACAUGAUUGGAAGGCAAGAUGCUGAAAUCUACUGGCUGAGAGAAAUAACUGCAUUAUUAUCCUACUCUUUGGUUUACAAGGGUGAACGUAACGCAUUGGUCACGAUUGCACACAGCUUUUUGCUUUCUUUAUACAUUCUUUAUAUAUUACAAUGGAAAUUAUUUUUAAAGAAAAAGAAAAAAUAUUAUUCUAGAUAGAAUUUUCCUUUAUCAUCAUGUCUUUUGAGAAGAUAAUGGGAGGCUACCUUGAAACAAAUAUACUUAGAUUUAUCUUUUAUAAUAUAAAUGUGACCAUUAAAAAAACAGGGGGUUCCAGGAAUUUGUUCCUAAAUCUUUUUUUUUUUUUUUUUUUUUGCCACUAACGUCAUUUAUAUCCUUAAAUUAACAUGGAAUAGUUUUCAUAUAAGAUAAUCAGAAAUUUCUGAUGGUGAGCAGUUAUGCAGAACUAAGAGCAGGGUCCCUAAAAAUAUGCUUUCAGAUAAUUAUACAGCAUUCAGGUAAGUCUAGUAACAUUAGAAAAUGAAGAUAACUGGUAAAAUAUAAAGUCGAAUGUCAAAGGUAUGUAUUAUGUUUUUACUUUCAUUAUUAAGAUAUUAAUCCCACUGCCAAAUAAACAUGGUUUUUUUUCUUUUUUUGAGACGGAGUCUCACUCUGUUGCCCAGGCUGGAGUGCAGUGGCACAAUUUUGGCUCACUGCAGCCUCUGCCUCCCAGGUUCAAGCAAUUCUCCUGCCUCAGCCUCCCAAGUGUCUGGGAUUACAGGCAUGAGCCACCAAGCCCAGCUAAUUUUUGCAUUUUUAGUAGAGAGUGUUUUCUCAUGUUGGCCAGACUGGUCUCAAACUCCUGACCUCAGGUGAUCCGCCCACCUCAGCCUCCCAAACUGCUGGGAUUAAAGGUGUGAGCCACCACACCCUGCCUAUUUUUCUUAAAAUGAGAUUGUUUUGUUAGAUAAAAACUUGUUGGCCUUCAUAAUGAUGAAGAAAUACAUAAUGGGUUAUAUUUAAGGUGGCUUAGUUUUUGGUCCUGUGUUGGUUGUAGUAUAUUUAGUCUUGUAAAAUUAAGUCUUCAUUUAUUGUAUUGAUUGUUCCUUUUUUAGUAAACAAAUAGAGACUAAUUUGAGCUAGGGAUUUUUUUUUUUUUCCCCACUUUUGGCUUGCUUUGGCUAGUUGAGUUUUGUUGCUUUUAAGUGAGUCUACUACGGCAUGUCAUUUCAACACACAAUUCCAUAUUCAAAACUAAAAUAUGGGCUAAUUCACAGCAUUUUGACUUUAAAGAAUAUAAUAUAUUAAAUAAGAUCUUAAGCCAGUGUAGUUGGAACUGGAAAAGGGAAUCUGGAACUUAGAUGAAAUCACUUUAAAGGAAAUUGGCCAAACUAAUAAUGUCUGUUAAAAUGACCAUAUGAAUGAAUGAAUACACGCACAGACACUUGCUUCUGUAGAUAUGACCUGUACAAUGUGUGGGGAAAAACUAAUUAAAUUGCCGUCAUUAUGAAUAUGAGUUUAGAAACUGUGUACAAUGAAUUUAAAUAAAGUUUUAUGUUGUGUGUUCAUGAACUUACAUCAUAGUUGGAGAAAAGAAUAGGGCAAAAUGUAGCUUAUAUAAUAUUACCUUUUUUUCCCCACAAUGGUGUUUUAGUUAUCUCUUAAGUUUAAAAUUAAUGCAGCUUGUAAAUAGGAUUCUCAGUUAUCCUGUUUCAGUUUUUAAGCUUUCAAUAGGAGGCAGAAAUAAUUCCAGUUGCCACUUCUGUAAAUAGAUGUUUAGCACUAUUUAAAAUAGCUUUCUGUGGCGUUGUAUCAAGUGACUAUUUGUAAUACAAAUUUUUCAUUUUUCAAUUGACCCAGAUUCCAGUAUAAACCUUUACUGAUAUAGAUCCAUAUAUGGAAAUACACAUACACAUACACCCACAAAAUCAAAGAUGAAGUAACUGUGACUCAGUACACUAAGACAUCUCUUUGCAGUAGACAGUAAAGGUAACUCCAUCACCUGGAUUGUUUCAGUUAAAAUACAAAAUGGCAGUUGAUUCUAUGUGAAACAUAGAAACUAAAGGGAAAUUUUGUGAGUUAUUUUUGUUUCCUUGAGUCAUCAUUCUGUAGUUUUUAAAGAAUUGAUAACUUUUCUGAAUUUUUAUUCUUUUAUUCACGUUUUUCAUCCUGACCAGAAAAACGUGAGCAUUCUCAGAAGUGACUUCUUUUUUCACAUAUAGAGACCAAUGCAAAAAAUGCCAUUACUGCUUGCACUAGUUACUAUCUUAGAAUCCAUCACAGAAAGCCCAAAAGAUAGCCCAACCUUUUGUACCUACAGUCUUAGAUAUUGUUAGAUAGCCAUUGAAUUUUCUUUGCAUUGUGUAUGAGAUGAAUAUUUCUUGAGACUUUUUUGUUUGCUCUACUAAAGAAAUCAACCAAGGGAAAAAAAACCCAAAAAACAAAACAAACAAAAAACACCCUCUAACUCAUGUGAAGCAUGCAGGGUGUUGUAAUUUCAGUUUGCAAAGCGGUGUGAUACAAUGUUGCUGAGCCAAAAGCACACGAUAGAUUUAAUGUAGCCAAUUGUGUACUUUUGAAAAAAAGAGUAACUGUUCCCUGUGAGUUAAUUUUGGAUUUUUUCAAAAUCUCUCUUUUAGGCUUUGUGCUGGAUUCUUCCAGACAAAUGCGUAUUCCAUGUGGGCCACUGUUCUGCUAAAUGCUCUCAGUUCUCCUUUUGCAAUCAAGAUUAUGUUGCUAAGGAGAUUUUGCUUUUAUUGCUGCCAUUGAUUUGUGUUAAUACGUUUUGAAUACCUCUCGGUAUUCUUUCGUAGACAAGGCCAAAAGAAAAACUUCCCCGAGUUUCCCAAUUUACAUUACAAAUGGAGCGGUGGUGUAAUGAAGCCGAUAUAAAGUGGGCAGUUGAAAGGAAACUAAAGAAGGGCACUCAAGUGAGAAAUGAAGAAAUGUGCCGAGUGCAGUCUGUGGGCUGCCCUUGGUCCAGCUGCAGGAACUGGCUCUGGCCAGAGGUAGAGUGAGUGAGCACCUCCCUCUGCAAAGACCACCCACUUUCGGAGCCUAGGCUGGCACACCAAAGAUUACCUCAUUGAUUAAUACAGGGCUUGACAAUUUCUGAGGUGGCAAAAUCACUUCUAAAUCUCCUUUUUGAGUCCUUCCUAGAGCAUGACUGAGGCCACACUUCCCAUGCCUUAUGACCUGAAGUUAUCUUGUAAAGGAUAACCUAUGGAUGGACCAGUUCUUUUGGUUCUGAGGACUAGUGUAUUUCAAAUGUUGGAAUGUAUUCCCAGGUGAGGAGGAUAUUAACUAGAUUAAAUUGGUUUUAGUUGUAUGCUUCUUACUUUGUGUCAUAUUUUAGACUCCAAAAACUGUCUCCCUACCAAAAAAAACCAAGUAUUCCGUCUGUGAGUGGAAAGAGACCAACUAGAUGGUGUCUUUAACCAGUGAAGUGGUUUGCUCAGGUUGCAGUGCAUGGAGGUGCUAAAGAAUAGCAUGGGCCGGGCGCAGUGGCUCACGCCUGUAAUCCCUGCACUUUGGGAGGCCGAGGCGGGUGGAUCACAAGGUCAGGAGAUUGAGACCAUCCUGGCUAACACCGUGAAACCCUGUCGCUACUAAAAACCAAAAAAUUAGCCGGGCAUGGUGGCGGGCGCCUGUAGUCCCAGCUACUUGGGAGGCUGAGGCAGGAGAAUGGCGUGAACCUGGGAGGCAGAGCUUACAGUGAGCCGAGAUCGCGCCACUGCACUCCACUCCAGCAUGGGCAACAGAGCAAGACUCUGCAUCAAAAAAAAAAAAAAAUACCAUGGUAGCACAGUCAUACCCUUUAGUGGCUCACAUUGUUCAAACAGCAUGAUAUUAACAUUUUUUUAAUUCAAAGUACAAAUGCUUCAUGCAUAUAACUUAAAGAGUUUUAGAUAUUUUAAGUUAGAAAUGCCAAAAAUAUGAAAACCGUGAAGAAAAAUUUCUAUAGAAGUUAGGAAAUUAAAAAUCAAUCAUAAGGGAAGCAUCUCAAGUUUUUAUUGCAGUAUUUGGAGAUGAAAAAUGACUUUCUACUGACAUGAUUUGUUAUUUCAGCAAAAUAGAAGUCUGUCAGUCUAAUGUUGGAUGAUCUGAUAGUCUUUGCAAGAAAUAAUUGCAGAGACUUCCCGCAAUCACUGGGAAAUAUGAAAUCUACAAAAACAUCUGAAAAAGGGCGAGACUAGGCCACUGCCUAGGGGGAUAGCCCUGUUCUUUCUAUGGAACAGGAAAAAAAAAAAAAAAAAACAA